AUGGCAGAGCUUCUGGGCAUCGUCGCCGGCGGAGCUGGACUUGCCUCUCUGGCACUCCAGUUAGUCGAUGGCGGCCAGAAAUUGCGGCAGCGCUACAAGAACGUCAAAGGCCUUGGAGGCAACAUCACUUGGUUGAGUGAAGAUAUUGAGAUCAUAGGCAAGCAACUCAUCCAACUCGAGACCAGCGCGGAUGAUAUUAUGCAAGAGCAGCUUGGCCCGGUCAUGAUGGGGAGGUGUCGAGAUCGGUCUGCAAGAGUAGCAGAUCGCCUAGCAAAUCUGGCUGGUGAUAUAUCAGAAACCUCGUCCAGAAGGCAGAUUAUACGACUUACAUUCAGGUCAAGUCAAUGGAAGGGAGAGCUUGACGAACUUCAGGCCCUUGUCACUGGUCUCAAGCAAGACAUAUCACAGUACACUAUUCCUCCACUUACCCGCAGUGAGCAGUAA